AUGCUCGCGUCAUCAAGAACGGCGCUGCGCCAGGCGGCGACUAAGCAGCUGUCUCUCAGGACCAGCGUCCGAGCUGUCUCCGCUUGGUCGCAGGUACCGCAGGGUCCUCCAGCCAUUCUGGGUAUCACCGAAGCCUUCAAGGCUGACAGCAACCCUAAGAAGAUCAACUUGGGUGUUGGCGCCUACCGCGAUGACAAGGGCAAGCCCUACGUUCUGCCAUCCGUGAGGGAGGCAGAGGAGAAAAUCAUCAAGUCAAACCUCGACAAGGAGUACGCCGGCAUCACCGGUGUACCCAACUUCACCAAGGCUGCCCUCAGGCUCGCGUACGGCGAGGACUCAGCUCCUCUCAACCAGGACAGCAUCGCCGUCACCCAGACCAUCUCCGGUACCGGUGCCCUCCGCAUUGGCGGUGCCUUCCUCGAGCGCCACUACCCCGGUGCGAAGACCAUCUACAUUCCCACCCCAUCGUGGGCCAACCACAAUGCUGUCUUCAAGGAUUCUGGUUUGAAAGUCGAGAAGUACCGCUACUACAACAAGGACACCAUUGGCCUCGACUUUGAGGGAAUGGUUGCCGACAUCAAGGCCAUGCCCAAGAACAGCAUUGUCCUGCUCCACGCCUGUGCCCACAACCCUACUGGUGUAGACCCUACCGAGGAGCAGUGGCUUGAGAUUGCUGAGGCUGUCAAGGCUGGUGACCACUUCCCCUUCUUCGACAUGGCUUACCAGGGCUUCGCCAGUGGUGACACUACCAAGGAUGCCUUCGCCCUCCGUCACUUCAUCAAGGAGGGUCUCCGCCCUGUCCUUGCUCAGUCCUUCGCCAAGAACAUGGGUCUCUACGGCGAGCGUGUUGGUGCCUUCUCCGUCGUCUGCGAGUCUGCCGAGGAGAAGAAGCGUGUUGACUCUCAGAUCAAGAUUCUUGUCCGCCCACUAUACUCUAACCCUCCAGUUCACGGUGCCCGCAUUGCGUCUGAGAUCCUGAACGACCCUUCUCUCAACAAGCAAUGGCUUGGUGAGGUCAAGGGCAUGGCUGACCGCAUCAUUACCAUGCGUGCCCUUCUCAAGGAGAACCUCGAGAAGCUCGGCAGCAAGCACGACUGGAGCCACAUUACCUCGCAAAUUGGCAUGUUCGCGUACACUGGUCUGACAGCUGAGCAGAUGGACAAGUUGGCAAAGGAGCACUCCGUCUAUGCCACCAAGGACGGCCGUAUCUCGGUUGCGGGUAUUACCAGCGAGAACGUCGGCCGCCUCGCCGAGGCCAUCUACAAGGUCAAGGGUUAG